UGUUGAUUAAAUGUCAAAUUGACAGAGAGGAUUUAAAAAACAGCUGAUCGUGAUGUCUGCUUUCCCUUGAACGUGAACGUGAAUCAUUCCAAAAAUAACGAUUACCUUUCUACAGUCUGUUUCCGUGUUAAGCGUAAAUUCUUGCAUGCAAUUUUGUUAUUAAAUUGCAGCUAGUCACAAUUGCCCAAAAUGUUCAACAAGAAAAAAGAGAGGCCUAAGAGGGACCACAGUGGCAAGAAUCUAUCACAGUAUGGUCUCUUCGACAUCCCCGCAGACUUCAACACAGGCCUAGGCAAUGACAGCUUUGAUGAUGAUGCAGGAGACAGUGAUCUAGAGGCAGAACUUGCAGCUUUGAGCAGUGAUAAUGGUCCCAGCAGACCUCAGAGGAAGAAACCUGCCAAGAAGAUCAUACCUCAGGGUGAACUUGACGCUAUGGUAGCAGAUACUGUCAAGGGGGCCGAUGAAGAUGAUGAUGACAUUUCUGUUGAUGAAGAUGAUCCAGAGCUCUUAGGGGAGCUGAACGAGAUUGCUGGUGAAGAAGAGGAAGCUGACGUCACAACUGCAGCUCCCGCUCCAGAACCACCAGACUCCUCCCCCGUUUCUGAUACGAGCACAGUGCUUCUAGAACGUCUGAAAAGCUACGAGCAAGCUGAAAAGAUAGCCAAGUCUUCUGGUGAGAGUAGCAAAGCGCGGCGAUAUGGCAGAGCUAUUAAGACGCUCAAAGACCUUGUCAAACAAGCUCAGGCUGGAAAACCUGUGAAUCUGAAUGAUGAAAGUGUGCCACCAGAGAUACACGUUGGGGAUAAGAAACCUUCAAGACCUGCACCGGCACUGCCAGAUACUGAACCUCAAGAAGAUGUACCUACAGCUUCCCAAGAAUCCCCAGCUGAACCAGAUCCUGAACCAGUAACUUUGCCUAUAAAUGUACAGGAAAAUGUCGCCCAAGAAAAGGCCUCUAUAGACACGGAACUUUUGAGCGUCUUGUCAGAACGUCAGAAGCAGUACAAAAUAGCCGCAUUGAAGGCAAAAAAGGAAGGAGACGCCGAUACUGCCAUAAGAUACGUGAAGAUAGCGAAGCUGUUCGAAAACGUGAUAGCGGCCGUUCAAGAUGGCCAGGAAGUGGACCUCUCUAACAUGCCAGGUCCACCUGGCGAACCACCGGUUGAAGAGGCGAAACCUGAACAGAACGAGACUCAGAAAAAUCCCUCUUCUGAGAUUGAAGUGCCUGAAGAAGCGCAAGAUUUGCCUGAACCUGAGUUGAUCACUGCUUCUAGUGUGGGCGAGGCCUUACAGCAACGAUUAGACGUGUACAAGCAGCAUGAAUCCCAAGCAAAAGAAGAGGGAAACGCCAGCAAAGCGCGCAGGUUCGGCCGGAUAGUGAAACAGUACGAACAGGCUAUCAAACAGUACAAAGCCGGCAAACCAAUCGCCGUAGAUGAGCUGCCUACUCCGCCUGGAUACGGCCCCAUUCCCGUAGAAGGGGUACCAGCAGCAGCCCCUGCGCCUAAAGCUAAACCCCAGGUGCCUGCGUCGCCAUCCACCAGCAGCGCUGGGGACCCUACUACUAGCGGUGAGGGUGGGGCUAGCCCGGGACAGAGGAAGUCAGGUAACCACGUGUCUACAACUCACGCCGAAAAACAAGUCUUAAUCCUAUUGGCUAAGCAGAAACAAUUUAAACAGGCAGCUUUGAAUGCAAAAAAGAAAGGUGAGAUGAUGGAGGCCAAAGAGUUCCUGAGACAAGCGAAAGGAUUUGACAAGUUGAUAGAAGCUGCUAGAGCUGGUCUGCCCGUAGAUUGGUCUUCUAUACCUGUGUCACCUGAAGCUAAGUCACAGCUGGACAACGAAUAUAACAUUGCAAUGGCCGAAGAAGCAACUGAAGAAAGCUUAGCUGAUUUUGACGUAUUGGCACGAUUAGAAAACCAACUACAAAAACAGUUGAAGAUGUGCUUAUCGACCAGAGACCACAACAGGGCUUUGGGCGAUGUUGCUGGGACAAACAGAUUCGAAAGACUCGCAUUGAACGUCACCAAAGAUUUGGAUGUCUUAAGGAUGGCGAUAAAAACUUCAGGAGGCGCUGUUCCAAAGUUCCACUAUGAAACGAAGGAGUUUUCUAUUGUCAAAAGUUUCACGGACAUUCCUGACAAUUCUAUGGAAGUCACAAUUCAUCGAGGCAUUAAUUAUCAAACUGAAAAUCCUAAAGAAAUCGACACUUAUGUUACGAUUGAAUUCCCCUUCCCACAGGAUACACCUUUCACAGGCCGAACGGCCACAAUCAAAGACACUAACAAUCCUAGUUAUAACAAAACUUUCGUUAUUCCAAUACAAAGGAAUUCCAGACAGUGUCAGAGAGUAUUUAAGAGGCAUGGUAUCAAGUUUGAAGUGUAUUCUAAGGGCUGCUGUGGGGCCGCUAGCGAUUUUUUUUAUUGUUGCAGCGGAUUCUUCCGCGGCGAUUCGCUCCUAGGAACUGUCAAGGUCGAGUUGCAGCCGUUGGAGACUCGAUGUGAGAUACACGACAGUUUUGAUUUGCUAGAAGGUAGAAAGAAGGUUGGCGGUAAACUGGAAAUCCAGAUAAGAUUACGCAAUCCUAUUGUCACGCAGCAAGUGGAGCAGAUCAAAGAAAAAUGGCUUGUUAUUGAUCAGUAGCAUAUUUAUUUUAUUUUAUGGAUGUAUGUGUAUAUAUUUUAUUAUUCUGAUUAAAGUGAAUCCAAUCAAAUCAUUGCGUUGGGCUGAUGUAGUGCAAAAAAAAUAUACCAAAAACCGAAAUGUGACAGAAAGAAUAAAAAAUCUGGAUUGAAACUCAAAUCAUUGUUUUUACUGCAAAACUUGACCAUAGUUAACCUUGUCCAAUAGGAGGAAAAUAUUAAUAAAAAUAUUUUUUUAUCUAUGAUAGAUGUAGAAUCGCUGGUAGACCUGACAAAAAAGUUCAGCAUUUUUUUAAGAUUAAAUUUCCACGAUUUUAGAGAAACGUGCAAUUUUUUUAUUCUCUCUGCAUUUUAUCCAAAUGAUGUCAUGUGAAUUAUAGUAUUAAUGUAAAGCUUUAUUGUGUGUAUUUAAAAUUGAUUGAUGAAGUGAUAUAAAAUAUGUAUAUAUUGUGCAAUGCUUUUAUUGGUUAAAGUUCUAUUCGAAAAAAAAAUGCAACAGCAAAAAAUACACCCAGUGUAUCUAGCAUCAUAGAAGCGCUCUAAUGAAAAGCAAAUGUUUUUGUAGUGCUUCUGAGAUCCUGUGCCUUUAAUUGGUUUUCUGUAUACUUUUUCUAAAUAUAUGUUUUAAUCAGGA